AUGUCCCGUAUACCCGUUCCUACUCAUAACUCAGGCCGUACCCAGUCUCCACUUCCAUUUCCUACUAGUCCGGAACGUGCUAUCUCUCCGAGGCCAGGCGCUCGUUCAAACACGUCAAAUAGUUUUGCUAGCACAGGUGCAACCAUGUCUACUGUAUCCGGAUUCCAAAGUAGUGUCUCCGUCGCUGAGACAAGAAAGAAACAAUCGAAGAGAGAUGAGGCUAUCCGCAAGAAGAUCGAAUCCGAACUCUCGCGCAAGCGCACGAUCUCGACGACCCACAGCCAGCAACGAACCUCUAAGCGCGGCAAGCCCGCCGCCGCUAAAGGAACUGUCGCUGCGCUCAAACCCAGCCCUGCUUUGACGGUUCCGGAGAAUAUCACCGUCUCGGAGGCCAGCCAGUUAUGCGCCGCUAAGAGAACAGAUUGUGUGUUGGUCGUGGAUGACGAAGAGGGGUUGAGCGGAAUUUUCACCGCUAAGGAUCUGGCAUACAGGGUUACAGCAGAAGGACUUGAUCCUCAUACUACUCCUGUCAGUCAGAUCAUGACGCGUAACCCAAUGGUCACUCGCGACUCGACUAGCGCGACUGAGGCCUUGGAACUCAUGGUGUCGAAACAUUUCAGACAUCUUCCCGUGUGUAACGAAGAUGGAAAUGUUGUCGGUUUGCUGGACAUCACCAAGGUUUUCCAUGAAGCUCUUGGUAAGGUUGAGAGAAGUUCGGCUGCAUCAGAGCAGCUCUUCAAUGCUAUGGCUGGCGUGCAGUCCGAGCUUGGCGCGGUCGGAGGCAACCCUCAGGCAGCCGCUAUGCUUGCAUGGGCGGAGAAGCUACGUGAGAAGACUGCGCUCCCUGAUCUCACUACUGUCAUGGAUACCUUCACCCAGCCUGCUACUGUGGGCCCGAAGACUACUGUCCGUGAGGUUGCCAAAUUGAUGAAGGAACGAAGGACCACUGCUGUCUGUGUCAUGGAACCUUCGGGUCCACAAACAUCCGGCAACCCCGCACCCGCAAAGAUUGCUGGCAUCUUUACCAGCAAAGAUGUUGUGCUUCGCGUGAUCGCCGCUGGCUUGGACGCUGGUCGGUGCAGUGUUGUCCGUGUUAUGACGCCUCAUCCUGAUACUGCACCUCCUACCAUGAGCGUUCAUGAUGCCUUGAAGAAGAUGCACAAUGGACAUUACCUCAAUCUUCCUGUUAUCGAGGCUGAUGGACAUCUUGUUGCUAUCGUUGAUGUCUUAAAGCUUACAUAUGCCACUCUGGAACAGAUGAACGCUAUGUCUGGCGAAGCUGGUCACAGUGACUCGGAAGGCGGUCCUAUGUGGGGACGUUUCUUUGAUUCCAUUGGACAUGACGAUGGCGAAUCUGUCCUGUCUGGUUCUCAGCAUGCUAUGACCGACAACAGGUCCUUUGCUGGUAUCAAUGACCUUCAUCUCCAACAAUCUCCUCACUCUGAGGUGCACCCCAAUGAUUCGGCUUCUGUCAUGGAUGAUGAUCAUGUUUCCGCUCUUGAAGGCUAUGGCCGCCAGAAGGGUCUUCACGUUCCCAGUGGCGGAGUCCCUGUACCUGCAGACGAUGGCACAUAUGUUUUCAAAUUCCGUACGCCAAGUGGGCGUACCCAUCGUUUCCAGUCUCGCCAUGAUGAUGUUGAGCAUCUGCGUGAAAUUGUUGCUGGAAAACUCGCCACUGAUCCCUUCUUCACGGAGUUCCAGCCAACUUCAGAUGUCGCAACACGACCUGACCCUAUCGACUUCCAUUUGUCGUAUACUGAUGCCGAUGGCGAUACUGUUUUGAUCACGUCUGACCAUGACGUUUCGGAGGCUGUUAAAAUCGCUCGUGCAGCAGCCCAGGAUCGUGUGGUGCUUUUCGUGCAGGGUGGUAAAGGAUGGGCUGAAGCUGGUGCUGGCAAGAGCGAAGCCAAGGCUGCGGAGGUUACAGCCGCUGCCAUUGAACAGGUUCGCGAGGUGGAGAAAGCUGAGCAGGUCGUCGCAUCGAACGUACCUACACCCUUGAAGGAGGUCAUCCCGGAACCCUUGGCUCCUGCCCCACAACGUGCUGCUCCUAUCGCUGCAGGUGAUGAAGUAUUCGGAAUACCCAAAGACCUCUUACUUCCUGCUAGCAUUGGUGCCCUGGCGGUCGUCAUUGUUGGAGUCUUCACUAUCUCAAGACUGACCUCGAACCACUAUUAA